CUCCGUGUCUGUUACUCAGGAUGGACCGCUAUGACGAGGUAAAACAUCUCCUGAAGACCUGGGAAGCUGAAUUCUGGAAGGAACAUAAGAGAAAACCAAACAAGGUGGAUGUGGACGGUGCUGCUGAGGAAACGCAGAACCUGUACAGGGAGUUCCGGAAUCUGAGGCAAGGAAGACUGAGCGCAGCACCUGCUGUAUGUGCAGAGAAUAUGACGGAGGAAUCCAAAUCUUGGGGGACCCAUCUCAAUCGUUCCAGUGUUACCCAGAAGAUGACUUCAAAUGAGCGAGACUCCCUUAAAGCAUCUGCCCAGUAUUAUGGAAUGAAACUGAAAAGCAACUUGGGGGGAUCUGUAAAGGAGCGCUCAUUCUCAUUGACAAAGUCAUUUACACCCUGCACUCCUGUUGACGCAAGUAAAGAUGAAGCAGCGAAGGGCAGCUCAUCUUCAUGGACUGCUGCUCCUGUGCCAACCAUGAAUGCUUCCCCUGAGGAUCUGCCCGUCUCUAAUAAAGCAUCGUCCUCUCUCUCUCCGGGAAUCCUACCCCACAAGCUAAGUCUAUCAUCAUCCUCUCCAGGAACACUCGGGAAUAAACUUCACCAGCUUCAGACUAGAGUUGGUCAGCGUAUGGCGUCACUGAACCAGGACUGGCUGAGAAGAUGUGAUCUCAGACAGAGAGAAGAGCAAUGUCACUUUAUGGGAAAUGGGGAGCCUCAGGAUGUAAAGGAACACUGGAAACCCAUGGUUGAAACUGAGAAAGAAGCAGAUGGGCGCACCGACUUGUAUCUAAAUAGGGAAUUGAGAUCCUCAGAAAGCUUUGGGGAGAAUGAGUCUCCAAGUCCUGGUGUGAUAUUGGACAUACGUGAUAAGACAGAAGGCAGAAGGAACAUGUGUGAGGAUAUGGCAGAAGAAGACUGGCUCAUAACCAAGAAGGUAAAAGAAAGAGACAACAAUACAAGGACAAGAGACCAUAUCUCCAGUGAUUGUCAGAGCAACACACAGGAGACCAGUGACACAAUCCCUGAGAAGUACAGGAGAAGUAUUGGUGAAGGAACAGAUAAGGAGAGAACAGGAAAGGCCACAAAACAUUUACCUAAUACGGAAGCAAUAUCAUUAUCACAUCCCAGCAAGGAGUCGUCAUUGGGGGACCGUUGUAGAGAGCAGGGCGAAGCGGUCGGGGUGUCUACAGAAUGCAGCAGAAGUGGUACAAAGCCACAGGAGUGCAGAGGAAAUAAGCAGCAGAAAGGGGCCUCACAAAGGAAAAGGUGCAGAGAGAUCAUCACAGACUCAGAUUCUGAAGGUUCUCUGGCUGUAAGCUGCACAAAAAUGAGCAAGACAAAGCUGACUACAGAGAAGCAGAGGAAUAAACGGCCGUCAAAAAAGGCUAAAGUUAGUGAAGAGAAUGUGCAGGAAUGUGGGAAAGUGACGGAGAAUCUUCUGGGUGACGUGUUGGAAGAGGAGGCGGCACGGAGAGCCCCCACACAGAAGAGGAUGCCUCAAAGACCAACUGAGAACUUUGUCCGGAUCAACCUGAAGAAAAAAUCUCAUGUGAAAGGAUUUGCCUUAAAUGGCAGCAGACUGAGGAAACAGAUGUGGAAGCAGAAAUGGCAGAAGAAGGGAGAGCAGUUUGGAGGAGGGGGAAAGCACUUUAACCACAGUGAGGACGUGUGCUUCCGCUGCGGGGUGACCGGUCAUUGGGCCACACACUGUCCCGGGAAAGCAGUUCCUGCGCCUCUUCCUCAGGCAUCCGACGCAGCAGAAGAGGAGAUCACUUUGCCGACGUUGGAGGAUGUCGCCAGAAUGACCAACACUCAGCUGAGAACGACACGUACUGGACGGAGCUUACAGAAAGAAGCCCGUCACAGCCAGGAUGAGACAAAGAGCUGGAGGAACGGAAGCUUACAAGAAAGCCCCGUCACAGUCACAGCCAGGCUGGACGGAGCUUACAGGAGAAGCCCCGUCACAGCCAAGAUGAGACAAACAGCUGCAGCUGGACGGAGCUUACAGAAGAAGCCCCGUCACAGUCAAGAUGAGAAGCUGGACGGAGCUUACAAGAAAGAAGCCCCGUCACAGUCAGGAUGA